UAUCCCGGAAGUAGGUCGAUCGAGGUUGCGCUUAUUUUAUCAAGUUCUACUGUUUUCAGCAACGUUUCCCCACAAUGUAUUGAUGAAACUCAAAAAGAGGAUAAAUAAUUUAUAGACCAUUGUGAACACGUUAUUUUGAUUUGGACCUAUAAUUAUUAGACCACAAAAUGGGGAACCUCCUGAAGGUUCUUACCAACCGAGAUGACGCCUUCAGCAAGGUGGACUUCUAUGUUGACUUUGAAAAUUGUCAGCCAGCAGAAGAUGAAUUAGAAAUCUGGGGGAAAGUAGACGAAGUAUUAAAAGCUUCCGUUGAAAUUCUAGAUGAGUUAGGGAAAUAUACUGGUGCUUCUAACCAAAUACGAUCGGCCAUAUCAAAUCCACGGGAGGAUGACAAGCAGGAAGCCGCCUGGCAAAGUGUCUGCCCCUUAGUUCUUCAGCUCAAAAAAUUUCAUGAAUUUUCAUUAAAAUUAGAAACCAUUAUACCAGAAAUCUUAUACGCCUUGACUUCCGGUGACCUAACCUCAGAGCAACAUUUAGAACAACAGCAAGCCUUGUUCAAACAGUUUGCAGAAAUACUAGACUUCACUUUAAGAUUUGAUGACUUGAAGAUGAACAAUCCAGCCAUUCAGAAUGAUUUCAGUUACUACAGACGGACGUUGAGUCGGAUGAAGAUGGCGAAUCAGUUUCGGUCAUCUUGGAAGGAUGAGGUUCCAGACACGUCAGUUUCGAACGAACUGGCAAACCGAAUGUCUUUAUUUUAUGCGUACCCUACCCCCAUGAUGAAAACACUUAGCGAUGUUACGGCAAAGUUUGUGACAGAGAAUAAAAAAAUGCCAGUUACGAACACCACCGACUGUCUAUCAACGAUGGCAAAUAUUUGUAGGGUCAUGACAGAAAAUCCAGAAUACUCGUCUCGAAUGCAAAACGAUGGGACGAUAUUAUUCUGCUUGCGAGUGAUGGUUGGCGUUAUCAUCCUAUACGACCAUGUUCAUCCCGUUGGUGCCUUUGCUAGAGGAGCAGGAAUUGAUAUGAAGAGUUCAAUAAAAGUUUUAAAAGAACAGCCAGGCGGUACGGUUGAUGGUCUCCUGAACGUGCUAAGAUACACAAGCAAACAUUUAAAUGAUGAGACAACACCCAAGAACAUCCGAGUUCUGCUUGGCUAAAAGAUCACCCACAAUCCAACAGUUUCCCACUAUGCAUUAGCUUAUACCACCACCACCAACUUGUAAAUAGCGACUUCCAUCUUCGACACCGUUUAAGUUUUUGGAGGCCUCUCCUACUUCCAUUGCUGCGAUGGCUUCCGUCAUGAUGAUCAAGUUCUGGAGUACAAAUUGAGAUUUUGAGUUUUGAGUGCUGCAGCACCGGUUCCUCUUUCCUGUUUUGUGGUUAGGAGCAUGUACAGAAUUAUGGACAUUUCUGGAGAACUUUCAAGAAUAACCAUGGACUUUUGUGGACCAACAGUGUUUCUACCCGGUGUCAUAUCUGAAAGUUACAUUAGGGUCCAUGUUGGAUAAUAACCUACCAAGGAAGAGAUUUCAGAAUUUUGAAAGUUUUCAUUUGAAGUCAAAUUUUUAUCAUUUUUGACAUCCUUGAAGGGUUAAAAAUGUUUCAAGUUCAGAUAUUCUAAUAUAAGCAAGUUAAGUGCAAUAACAGUACGAUUGAUUGUGUUCUGCCAAAUCCUACUGAAUAACGAGCCAGAGUGACUACUUCCAAGAUAACUGCUCCAUUUCUGUAUGAUAUAUUUGAUAGCAUACCUUAGCUGCCUCCUUUACAGCUCCUGACUGCGUUGUCAGUUGAACCCAUUGUACAGUCCUGCCUCCUACCCUUCCCUUUGGUGAGCGGGUGAAAAUAAUCAAUAUGAAAAUUCUGACUCUUUAUUACAGAUACACAACGAAACACAUAAAUGAUGAAUCGACACCUAAGGCUAUUAAGUCCUUGCUGCUGUGAUGAUAUUUGAGAAAAAAUCGAGAGAAUAUUUGCAAAAUUUAAAAGGCAAAAGCUGCUCAUGAAGAGAGAAAGCAAAAUGCUGUAAAUUGUAACAUAUGGAUCAUUGUGCCUUAGGUAUUGGGCUUCGAUCCACGACUGGAUGCUCAUCCCUUAUAGUUUGUAAACUCACAGACAAUUACCAUGAAAAUCAUUUCAUAACACAUUGCCAUAAAAGCAAAGGAUGCUCUAUUUCAAAUUAGUUUGAGAUGAUUUGGAAUCAUGUCAAUAUUUGAGUGUCUCACCAGACGCAGAUGGAUGGAGCUGUCAUUUUGUCAAAACCCUCAGCCAGGUACAUGUACCUCUGAUUUGGCCUUCAUUCUGUAGCUCUAUCCUUGUUGUGUUUGAUGAGGGAGCCAAUACCCUCAGUUUAGUGUCAAUUCCUUGAACAAUGUGAAACUUAACGGUUGUUUUUUUGGAAUUCAUAUUUUCCAAUUAUGUAAAUAAGAUACCAGUGCUGAAUUCAAGAUUUAGUAUAAGUAGAGCAUAGAUUAGUUGAUAGACAGCUGAAGUGUAAACAAACGAUUGCAACUUUCAUUCAAGGCCCAACCACAGCCCCUCACAGGCCCGAAAAAGUGCAUUUUCAGCACCAGUAAACUUCCAGCAAAGGACAGAUUGUGUGUUGCGUGACAUCUUAAGUGACGUAAGACAUGUCACUGGUGAUGUCAGAUGUGUCACAGGUGUCGUCGUGCAAUGUUUUGGCAUUAGAUAGCGUUGUGGUCGGCCCUUGAACGAAUGUGGCAGGUGCUGUAUUUGAGAGGUGCUGUUGCAAUGGGUGUCGUUAAAUAUCACUCAGCCCCAAGUAUUCUGUCAUGUUUACUUUGAUAGUGAUUUUGGGAACUAGUUGAUCUCAGUUUAAAUCUUCUGUCUUCAUGCAUCACUCUGUCAUUGUUUGUAAGUUAUUCAUUAGUCAUUUUACAUAGGAAAUCAGAGUAGACUUAUCAUUUCGCUGCGGCAGCCAUGCCACCUUAAAAGUAUUGAAUGAUGAACUUAUCAGACAACAAGUGAAAACCCACCACCUUUGGUCAAUUUACAUGUAUAUCGAAAGAUAAACAAGGCUCUUCUGGCAUCAACAGUCUUUUAUUAGUUGAUACCAACGAAAUAAUAAGAGGACAGAUAAUGCCAUUUCUGUCGACCCCUCCCCACAGACAAACACUGAGCUUUUUCUUGCCUCAGUAUAAGUUUGACAUGCUCCCUUGCAUGUCUAUGUCUUUUUUCACAUCGAUGCCAAUGUUCAUGACUUUCUAACUACUUUCGUACAAUUCAUUUAGUGUAUAUUUUGACUAUCCCCUGAUUAUGGGAGUAUUAUUCAGUAUCCUUGCUGUAUGUGCUGGUAAAGAUUUUGUAUGUUCUAGAUUUUGUAUUGAAGAAUUUUCAUAUACUUUUUGUAAUUUGAAUACUUUGUUUUCAAGGUAAUAACGUAGAUGGACAAUGCUAAGUUGAUGUUAGUACUUUUCUUGCUGAAUCAGUUAUUUCAUGUUGCUUCAGAAUCAGGUUGCUUUCUGGCAGAAUUAAGCAUUAGAAACCGUAGAAAUAAGUCCCCUUGUACAUGUAACUCAGAGGGAUAAUUCUGAAUAUGUGACGGUCUGAAAGAAUCUGAUGAUUAAAUUAUAAAUUGGAAGAGUGCAUUGGCACUGGUGGAGUUAGCCAGCUCUCGGGGUACAACUUUCAAUUGGAACCCCAGACCGGUUACUGUUUGGUCCUUCACAGGGGGACAUCUGUGACAUCUCCUUUACCAACCCUGGUCAGGGAAAAGCUUUAUCAUCAUCUGUUCUUGGUUUCAGUUUCUGCCAAAUUGUUAUAAUUUGAAUUACUGAUAAUUUUCAUUGGUUUAUUCUGUAUCCUAUAUCAACCAUGUGUCACGUUUACAAUACAUCUAAUCUGUUGACAGUCAUGGUGGAAAGCUAGUUUAAGCUAGGUUAGUUGAUUCAAGCUAUCUGCUUUAAAACUGAAUCUGAAUUAGCUUUUGUCCAUGACUGAUAAAUGGCCUUCCUUUUUGUCAAACAAAUGUAAAUAAAUAUGAAUCAGUGUUCCUUUGUUUAUAUGUGAUAUUAUCGUUGGUAAAGAAAUUGUUGGUAGAUGUUAACACUAGAAUCAAAAAAUUGUUGUAAAAUAUACCAUUGCUCAGGUUGGGGGCAUUAGUUGUGGAUGUGGAAGUUGUUGCAGGGUUUCUGAAACAGCACUUCAGCAAACUCUUAGUAGAGUAUCAUCAGGCAGGGCCGGAUCCAAGGGGUGUUGGGUGUCCACCACCUUAUUUCAUUGAAGAAUUUUCAUACACUCUCUCUCAGUCUAACCCACAACUCGAAGGUGACAGGAGCUGAUGUUUAUUUCGAACAUCGGUCUUCCCGCUGUGUCACUCUGACAGCCCUGGAGCCUGUACUACUGUGAAAGUAAUAUAUGAUCAAAUUCUGUGUUUGGGAUUGGAAACUGAUAAGGUUUAUGUUAUCUUAUUCAAAGCUGGUUUCUCGUAUGACUGGACCAAUGUUUCUACUUGCCAGAGACUCCAGGCAUGGAUAUAAACCAUACACAAUAAACUCCACGCAUGGAUUUAAACUUUACCGUAAACUCGAAGCAUUGGUUUUGCUCACAAUAAAAAAACAACAGGAGUCUGCACUAUUCAAAGUCUUCAAAGCAUUAUUUGAAUUGAAUGAGUUUUUGGUAUAUACAUAUAUCUAUUAUAAAUAGAUUCCUUUUUUUAAGUGAAAGAGAUUUCGACAAAUCAAAGUAUUAAGGACAUUAUUGAAAAUAUUUGGAUAACCCAGGAUUAUAUUCGUGAUGAGUUGCAUUUCAAAGUUGGAUUAUGUCACAGGUAUACAGGGUGAAUGAAAAUUUAGUUUCCUGGCUUCAGCGCUUUGAUGUGUAGUGAGUGGACUUGCUAAUGAAACUACAUCCCAAGUCUGUCUUGGUUGGUUGCUGGUCAUUGAGCUAGAGGGCUGAGAGUAGCCUCUGUUAGGAAAAGGGCAUGAAGUCAUCGCUGCUUUUUCAUGGGUCGAGUGAAGUUCGUUAUGCCUCACAAUCAAAUCGGGAUUCAAUCCACUUCUCCUGACCAUCACCAUGACCACAUUUAUCCUGUUUCAUCCGAGGGAGAGGCAAUUUUC